AGCAAAGUACAUUUCAUGUCUAUUUCAGUUUGUGAUCCCAAAUGUGAACCUCACCAGUAUGAAAACAGCAGAUGUACAGGUCCACAGAACCGAAUAUGUAGAGAUAAAACAGAAUUACCCGCAAUCCAAACAUCCAGUAAUGUUCUUAAAGAAGACCGCAGUAAAGUAAAAGAUGUUGAGCAUGAUGUCCGUUACUUGCCUGACAUGGAAUGGAAAUAUGAAAACACCUUUGAUCUGCAGAGAGGGUCUAAUAUGGCUGCGAAAAUAGAAGUUAGAAAACUGGAUCCAGUGCACAAAUUUAUGCCCAUUGACCAUUCUACUGUUAAUGAUAACCAAGCUUUUUACGAUCGCAGCAUCUUACAUAAGUAUUGUCCAUACCCAAUGCCAGCUCAUUAUCUCAUGGAAUAUGUAAUACAUAAAGAUGUGACAUAUGAAAUGGACCGAGGUGUGAAUACCAAUGAUCAGUUACUGUCAUGCAGAGGAUAUAAGCCAAUGGGACACUUUCCUGAUUUACGUCAGCCCGACCGUAGCUCCCUUCUUUGUGCCAAAAUUGGGCCUUUAGCCAAAAUGUUUGGCAUUGAGGAGGAACUCACUGAGAAGAUUACUGUUCGUGUUGAGAAAUCAAUUAGGUGUGAAAAAAUGAAUAUGGCCUGUGAAAAUUGCACGAAACUCUGUGCUUGGCAACCUCCCAUUCAAAAAGAUGACUGUAAAGUACUUGGGGAUGAAGCUGACAAUGGCUGGUCCCCUCGUCUCAGGGUUUGCUAUACCUGUUGUUUACAUACAAAGUGUUCAUCUAUAUGUGACCGGUAUUACAGCAGCCCUUGCCGACCUAAGAUAUGCCUAAAAGGUAGUGUUCUUGAAUUUAUUUUAAAACCUAUGUUUAAGGAAACUAUGUAUUGUCAUGUACACCCAACUGCUCAGAGGACGCUUCUGGAAGUGGACUUUGCCAUUAUGUAUGAUGAAAGACUUUUAUACAAGGAAACUUUCCAGAUUGGAGCAAAACCCGAGUGGCUUAGAGAUGGUUCAAUGAACAACAUUGUAUAUAAAUUUCUUCAGAUAGAUAUCAGUUCUGGCCUUGAGAAGAUGCCUGAUAUAGUUGCCAUGGACCAAACAACAAAAAGCCUAAAGUCUGGAUUGCAUCGUAAAUCUGGCCAUAAUCUGGCUGGUUCUGUGGUACAAGGUGAUAAAUUAUUUAUCCAUCCACAAGAAGUGUUUGGAGUUAGCCUGCAGAACUGGGCUUUGCAGAAUUGUAGUCACGACAUCCUGGAGAAGUUGAUGAUGGUAUCCGAAAAGGAUGAACCAUAUAUUGAAAUGACUGAUGUUCUAACAUCCCAUAUCCGGGAUAACACAUACAUGAUUGUAAAUAACAGUGUCACUCCUAAGGCUAUAUUCCGUGUUCCACGUACGAUGUCUUUGCUGCAGUGGGUUGCUUCUUACGGAAGAAUUAAACAUGAUUCCCUAUCUGGUUCCAUUCAGCAUUCCUCUUCAAGAUGGGUGGUUAUGCUUGAGGGAAGUCUUGAAGCUUGCCCUGGAUUCUUUUCUGUGAAUCUCACUGACACAACAUAUUACGACCAGCCAUUGUUCCAAUAUGAUUUACUUGUGGAAUGUCCACCCCAUUUCCAGUUGACGUUCAGUAUACCAACUUCAGAUGCAGCAAAUGUGGAAAAAGCAUUCACGGCUUCCGUCAGGGAUGCAAAUGUCACAUAUCAUCUUACUAUUCACAGGCCCCCCCAAGACCCACCUGAGAAACAACCAAUAACAUCUGAAGAAGAAGCACCAGUUGUUGAAGAAGACGGAUAUGACAAGAAAAAUCCUUUCUUUUCAAGCAGUGGAAGUUUUUUCAUUCCAUUCAUUGCUUCCAUUUGUGGUGCUAUAAUAAUUCUCUUGUCUGUUGCUGGUUUUGGGAUUGUUGCAAGACAAGGUUGUAUUGAUGCAAAUGAGGUUUCCUUGUUCAACCAACGUCAUCUGAUGGUAUCUGUCAUCUACUUCUCAUGUCAAAUCUUCUACUCCACAUUGGUUACUCUUACAUCAUUCAUGGUUAUUAUAUAUGCCAUUAACAAAGAUCCCCUGAGCUUCCUGAGUCAAUACGAUCAAUUAUCUAUAGUCAAAGCCAGCCUAACAAAGCUCGAAAUGACUGCAAUGAAGGUUUAUUUGCAGUCAGAGUUGGAACGUCAGCAUGCAGUAGCUAAUCAAACAAAAGGUAUUUGUGAAGAACAAAUGAAAAAAGUAGCACAAGGUCUCAAUGAGUUGAAGGGGAAUUUGACAAAAGAAGCCAAAAAAGUUAUGUCAAAAGAAAAUCUUAGUAACUUAAUUCGCAAUCACACACGCCGCGUCCUAGAAGAUUUCUUAGAAAGAAUUGUUGUUUACAGAGAUCGUCUCAAGAACUAUGUCCGGAUAAUACAAAAACGUUUACAAUUUGAUGUUAAACAAACUUACCAUAGUGUUAUGGAAAACCGAUGGUUAACGGGGGCUAAGUAUUUACAUUCUUCCAUUCAACAAAUAAGAGAAAAUUCGCACGAUCUUGCAACGCGUUCUUAUACAGAGUGGAUGCAGAUUGAACCUAAUAUUUCUAAUCUUGCUCUCUCUUUAUCAUUAUCUGUUCCCAAAUUGCCACGGUUUGAAGAAGUCUUUAGGGAAAAAGUUUCGCCUACUAAUACUUACACAGAACCACCUCAAAAUAAAUCAGGGCAAACAAAUUAUACUCGAAACUUAUGGUUUUAUACAGAACAUAAACAUUCAAUGGGUCACCGAAAUAUGACUGACUAUUCCCACAAAUCUUCAAAAAAAGGAGACAACAACCAACUUUUCUAUACUUUUGUUGGCAUUAUGGUCAUUAUUGAUGCGAUGUGGUUUUUACACCGAAUGGUAAAUAUAAUGAGAACAACCCGGCUCUUACUUUAUGGUUAUCCAGUCUAUGUUGAUUGCAGAGAAGGGAAAGAUCGGGGAUUACCAUCUCUGGAUAAUGCUCAUAGAAAACCCAGUUCAUGCUGUAAAUCUGCAAAGAAAAGAUGUUGUCAUUCUGUAAGCAAAUUCUUCUCAAAGAUUCUUAAGACAAUGUUUGUACCAAAAAUGAUAAUUAGCUUAUUAAUGGUACUUUUUAUAUACCUGACAUCUGCAUUUAGUGAGAAACUCUUUCGCAGAGAGUCCUUUCAAGCACUUGGAUACUACACAGAUAUUACUAGUCUUUUGGAGCUGAGUCGAGCUGACAUCAACAGCCGUAUCCGUAUGCAUGCAACUCAAAUCAACGCCAUGGAAUAUCCAAUGUUAGAAGCCUGGAUGAAUUCUUACUUAAAGAGACAUCUUUAUUUGCAUGAUGUGUAUCAGAAUUCUGUUCGAAAACUCUCCAAGACACAUAGCAUUACUUAUUGUGAAUACUUACAGAGGUAUUUACCUGAUGCCAAGUGUACUGUUAGAGAUUUAUCAGAUUUCAAAGUUGAAGUGAAAGGGUGUAAGUUUCCACCUAUUGAACCAAAAACAUACCAGAAAGUUGAUGAUCAGCAUUCUCGAGUUGCUGCUCGACAGAUGGAUAGUUUUCUGUAUGCUGUUAGAAAGAUGAUAUCUGACAGUUGCUUCAUUGUUCUUCUUUAUAUGUCAUUUAUCAUUCUUUGGGAUCUAACUAGCACUGUGAUUUGGCUCUAUGUGAAAAGGGCAGGAUGGAUCAGAUUGAGAGUUAUAUGUGAAACAGAUGAAAGACCAAUGGUACGAGACAAAUGAAGUAGAAAAACUGAAGACAAUUCUAAUGUUAGUAGUCUGCGUAAUAUUUCAAGAAAUUAUGGACUUUCAUGUGAUGAACUUUGCAGAAAAAGUGACCUCUUAACCUAAAACCAGUUUGUCAUUUAAAAAGCUGGCAGAUAAAAUUCAACAGGAAACAUUUAAAAAAAAAAAUUGAAUUAUUUCGUUUUACACAACCUCUUUACUGCCAUCUUAAAUUAAAGGCCUUUGAAACUUUUGGGCUAAAACUUCUUAAAAAGAAGGAAUAAAAACAAGAAACAAAAUCUGGAAACCAUGGAAAUGCUCGAAAAGUAACAUCCACAAGUUAUUUUGUAAAACUUGAUAUCUGUAAACAAUGAUGCUGUUCUCUAAAAAAAAUGUUGAGCAAAUAUACUGAAGUUGAAUGAAAUUAAUGAUUAAGAAAUGACAUUAUGUAUGAUAUUCAAAUUAUACUGAUUUUUGUUGAAGUUUAUAUUUACUUUAUAACAACCACUGAAAAUAUGUUUACGAGCAUGGGAUUUUACAUUUCUACAUAAAUAUAUGUAUGUGUGUGUGUAUGUGAGUUUGUAUACAUGCAUAAGAUUUUGAUAUAUAUACACACAAAUAUCACUGGAAAAUUAAGCUUGAAUAUAUGAUGUAAAAAUGCCAACUUACCAUGUAUCAUGCAUAUGAAUUUAUUUGUUAAAUUUGUAAGAUAAAUGAUUAAAAAGGUGAGCGUAAACAACGAAUGAAAUUAAACUUUUAAACAGAUAAAUACAAAUAUUGAUAAUUGCUCAUAAAGAUUUAUCAAGGCAGAAAUUGUGAUUGUAUACAAGAUUUAAGCAUCAUUAUUCCAAAUGAUUAAUAAAUAUGUCUACUGCGAUGAGAAUAGAUAUUUUGGUUUAUUAAAGUAAAUUUAUUUACAAAAGUGUUCAGUAUCAUUUGAACAUUAGGGAAGUGUGUUGGCAUAAGCGAUAGAAAAUUGGACUAGUUACUUUAUGAUACUAUUUCAGUGCUCACUCUUCCUAUUUCUAAUCCUGCCAGGUUUGAAAUUUUCCUAUUAUACCUCUAUAGUCAAUAAAAUAACUAGUGUUCAUAUGUAAAUCACUUUGCUCCACAAAAAUGUAAUUUGGCCAUGAAAAAACCUUUUGAAAUUAAUUAGGUGAAAAUAAUGUAAAUUCAAAUCUCAAAGUUAUUGGAAGAAAGCUUUUGAAAAUUAUAUAUCACUGAAAAUUUACAUGCAUACAUAACAUUAAAUACAUACAAAUUAUUCUACAUAUGUAGUAAAUUCACUUUUUUUUUAGUAUUUUAAUGUAAUAUGAUAAAUUUUCUAAACAUAAUAAAAUAUCUAUGAUUGUUAUUUUCAUAUUUUUCAGCCUAUAGAUUAGAUAACUCUUUAUAAAUUUUACAUGCUCAUCCUGAACAGUGGAUGACAUUAGAUAAGAAUUCCUCUUAACACCCUAGGUUAGUAAAUGUAAAGAUAUCUGCAGGCACAGGAAAUUUAACAGAUACUCCUGAAAAGAUUAUCAUUGGUAGUUUAUGUGGUAAAAUCUCACCUUUAUGAAAAUCAAAUAUUCUUUCUUUUUAGUCUUCAUCACAUUGUUUCAAGUGUCACUAAACUCUUGGUUAAAUUUCUUUGAAAUAAGUUAGCAGUAUACUUUGAUAUGAAACUUGUCAGAAUACUUUUUUUUUUUUCACUUAUAAGACUGCUGUUUCCCACUAUUAUAACUUACCUUAAGAUACUUCAUUAUACAUAUGUUACCAUUAGAAAUGUGAGAUAAUUAACACUAUUUGCAGUCUUAAUUUAUUUAUCAAUUAUUAAUUAAGCAAUUAAAGAAAUUAUUCAUUUCCCCAAUACUCAAAUAUGUAAAAUUGAGUAUAUGGAAUUCAUAAUAAAGACCAAUAGAAUCCAAUAAUCUGUUGAUUAAUCACAUUACUGUUGUUAAUUUCUCAUUGCCUUUCUUUUUAAAAAGAUUCAAUAUAGUUUUAAUCAGUUUUUACUUAUAACUUCUUUAUUUUAUAUACAUAUAUAAAUGUUUUCUAUGAAAAGCAAUGUGAUAGUUUUAGCAAUAAAAUUUCAUUUUAAAUUGUGGAAUUCAAAUGCAAAGAAAACUCGUCUGCAGGUUCAAAUUAAUUUACCUACUACUUUUCACUUUCAGUAUAACACAGUUGUUAUACUGUAAGAAAUAUAUGUUGACUCAUCAUUUCAUUUAUAUAUAUAUGUGAUGAAAACCAUGAAACAGCCGUAUAAUUUAUAGUUAUAAGUUUUUAGACCAAAGGUUGUGGUUUGAAUCUGUGAGGUGAUUCUGUGCUUUGAAACUUAUUUAUUUUAUAACAAAUUUAGAUAGUUUCAGUUGAGAUUAGUAUAUUUGUUACAACACACACAUACACACGUGCAUAUAGUGUCUACGGAUGUAGCCUUUUCAUAUAAGGGAAUUCUUCAAAAAUGAUUUAAACAUAAGUUUAAUAAUAUACCUCAGUCAUGAUAUAGCUUAAAGAUGUUUAUCUCUUACUCACACAUACAAAAUGUAUAAAUAUUCUAUUAUUCUUUAAUUAAUUUUUAUUUUGAUGUUUAAUAGAAUUUUUUACUACAGUUUUUAUAGACCAAAUAAUAGUGUCAUUUGAAAAUAUGUUUUAUUUUUAGUGUUUUACUUUCCUAAUUGAACACUGUUUCAUAAGCUCUCAUUUGCGCAUAUAUUGCUGAACUGUCACUUGAUAGUUAAAUGUUUAGAACAUUCCUUUUUUCUUUUUAUUUUAAUCAAUACUUUCACACAAUAAGCAUUUAAUCAAACAUUAUUUGUAACUAUCGUUAUUGUCUGUUUCUAUUUGUAAGUGAUGGCUGCUGAAACAUUAUUUGACUGAAAGAGUUGUUAAUUCAU